UAUAGAAGAGGGGUGCCACUUGGGUGUUUCCGAUCGUAGAAAAUGGCGUUACUUGAGAUGAUAGGGUUAGGUGGCGAUAAACAAGCUGUUGUUCUUGAUAUUGGUGAAGCAUACACCAAAAUUGGGUUCGCCGGUGAAACUGUUCCGAGACACAUAAUUUCAAGCAAAGUGAAAAGACUUGUCGGCAAUGAGUUGCUUGAAGUUAGCGUUAUGGGAGUUAAUGCCUCUGAAGCAGAGUUGUACAAAACUUUGCGAGAUUUCUUGCACACUAUAUAUUUCAAGUAUUUGCUGGUGAACCCUAAAGAGCGUAAAGUGGUCAUCGUUGAAUCAAUCUUGUGCCCGGUUAAAUUCAGAAACACUUUAGCCAGAGUUCUAUUCACCUAUUUUGAUGUGGUAUCUGUCAUGUUGGCACCAAGCCAUUUGCUUGCCUUAUUUACUUUGGGUGUACCGUCUGCUUUAGUGGUUGACUGUGGUUACAGCGAAUCAUUAGUAGUUCCCAUUUACGAGCACACUCCGAUUCUCUCCGCCAUUGAAUCUUUCCAAACUGGGGGGAAAGCUAUUCACAAGCAAUUGCAAGAGAACUUAUUAUCCGCCACAGGGCAAAACAUGGACGAGGAGAUAAUUGAAAACAUCAAAGCGACAGUUUGCUUUGUUGGUAGACACAAAGAACCAGAAGAAAAUCUACCCCCAGCAGUUGAAUAUACAGUAGGCCAUGGAAUGAAAAUUACAAUUGAUGGGAAACUAAGAGCCCAUUCAUUUGACUGUAUGUUUGAUGGUGAUGAAGAAGGAAAGUCACUUGCUACAUACAUUCUUGAUGCCAUAUCAAGGUGCCCCAUUGACUGCAGAAAGACUUUAAGUGAAAAUAUAUUGUUAAUGGGAGGCACAAGCAUGGCACCUGGAUUUAAAGCAAGGCUAUUGGCUGAAAUAAAGGAUCAGUUAAACACUGGAUUCUACUCAAAAAAACUUGCUUUUAAAAGUGUAAAAAUAUGCCAACCUCCAGUUCAAGCAAAUUAUAUAUCAUGGCUAGGAGCAGCAAUUUAUGGGAUGCUGGAAACACUUUCAGAGUAUUCUAUUACAAGGGAGAAGUAUAAAGAGAAACCUUUCUUGCCAGACUGGGCUUCAUUGACAUCUACAAACAUCCAAAAUGAUAAGCAGUUGUCAGAUGCAAAAGUCAAGGUUUCGUCCUACCGUAAAUCUGUCUCCCAAUCAGGAAAACCUUAGUGCUGGGUUUCUGAACCUUUUUUUAAAUCAUUUGGUAUGCUUGAAGUUAAGGAUAGAUUCAGUGCCAAAGAUAAGCAACAUAUCUGUCUUAGUAUUUAUUGGAUCAGAAAUUGAAGAAAAUUAGAAGAUCCUCAUGUUGUACUAACAGCAUCAAUUGCUAUAUUAAUUCAAGACCAUAUAUAGUUACUAUAUAAAUUUCCAUGUAAAUUGUUUACAAUUAAUUGAACAAUUUUCAGAGCUACUCAGGGA